GUUUAUCCGAGUUUUUCGUUUCGCUGGACAAAGUUUAAUGAAAUAGAGUCUUUCUACUCGUAAAUAACCUAUAGUUUAAAACGAUAUAUACAAAUUACAAUCCAUUGUUGUCAUCGGUGAUAAUAUAACCUAGUAUAAAAGUUUAUAAUGGUAGAUGAAUCAACGAAGAAGACACUAAGUAACAUUCCAUUGUUACAAACAAAAGCGAGUCCUAGAGAUAAAGAAUUAUGGGUGCAAAGAUUAAAAGAAGAAUAUCAAGCUUUAAUCAAAUAUGUAACGAAUAACAAAAAAGACGACAACGAUUGGUUUCGUUUGGAAUCUAAUAAAGAAGGCACACGAUGGUUUGGCAAAUGUUGGUACAUACACAACUUGCUAAAAUAUGAAUUUGAAGUCGAAUUUGAUAUACCUGUUACCUAUCCUGUAACGGCACCUGAAAUCGCGUUGCCAGAAUUAGAUGGUAAAACUGCAAAAAUGUAUAGAGGUGGAAAAAUUUGUCUCACCGAUCAUUUCAAGCCUUUAUGGGCACGAAACGCGCCCAAGUUUGGAAUUGCUCAUGCCAUGGCACUUGGAUUAGGACCAUGGUUGGCAGUUGAAAUCCCUGAUCUUAUAGAAAGAGGUGCUAUAGUACAUAAGGAAAAAAUUAACUAAGAUAUUAUACGAUGUAUUCUUUUAAUUGUUAACUGAGAUUGAUUUAUUUGCUAAUCUGU